UGAAAAGACGCGGCCGUGGCUCCGUUACUCCAGUCAUUCCUCUAGCGGAUAGCGGGAGCGCGACAAUGGCAGCGGCCACACAGCAGAUGUCGAGUCUGCCCAGCGGAUUCCGGAUCUGUACCACUGCACCGGACAUACUCUACCUGCCCGAACUGGUUUUUGGAGGGUUAGUAUGGAUCCUGGUGGCGUCCACACUUAUCACACCGAACAACCCUCAGGGAUGGGUGAUGUUUGUAUCAGUCUUCUGCUUUGUGAUGACUUUCCUCUGGCUCAUCUUCUUCGCCUGUGGAGUGCACAAAAACAGCAGCGCCUGGGCUACAGCGGACUUUAUUUAUCACCUUAUUGCUGUUACGUUCUAUCUGAGCGCCUCUGUGAUCCUGGCCAAUGUGACCAUAGGCAUGAAAACUUUAACUGCAGCUAAUAUCUAUCCCUUUAAGUACUAUCAAAUCGACAUUGCAGCUGUGGUGUUCUCGUUUAUUGCCACAUUGCUUUACUUCAUCCACUGCAUCCUUUCUGCUGCGCGGUGGAAAUCCUUCUAAUCAAAGAAUCUGAUCAAAACAAAAUCAUUUCGACAUAAAGGGAAAAUAAACACUGUAAAAUCACUGGGGCUGAGAAAGACGAAUAUCGGGGUCAGUCCUGAGCCGCCCUCUACUCAAAAACCACAGCAAUCAUGAUGGAAUAAACCCACUUUUCAUAGAUUGUUCUGACCUUAUUGAUUCUGUAAUGAUUAUGUUUUCUUAUAUUUGGGAGAAGGGAAACUUUUAUAAAAUGGUAUCUGAACUAGAAAGAUGACGCUCAGUGUAGAUGCAGAUGAAGAAACAACAUGUGGGUUUUUGUAUACUUGUAUCUUUGUAACAGAUAAAUCAAUUUUUGUAUAUUUAGCUACUACACACAGUGAACAACAUAUUUUAAUAAAAGAAUAUAAACUAGACAGAA